GCAGUCGCCGCCAUGGAGGAGGCGCUGAAGGGAGCGCUCGGCACGGCGGUGCUGCGGCCCACCGGGCACACGGGGGGCGGCUGCAUCAGCCAGGGCCGGAGCUACGACACGGACCAGGGCCGGGUGUUCGUGAAGAGCAACUCUCGGUCGGAGGCCAGAAGAAUGUUUGAGGGAGAAAUGGCAAGCCUGGAAGCCAUCCUGAAAACACAGACGAUAAAAGUGCCUAAACCCAUCAAAGUUGUAGACCUGCCCGGGGGCAGUUCUGCAUUUGUGAUGGAACAUUUGGAAAUGGGAGGCUUAAACAGACAUUCAGCACUGCUUGGAACUCAGCUGGCUGAUCUUCACCUUCAUAACCAGAAACUUGGAGAGAAGCUGAAGAAAGAAGGGAACACAGUUGGUAAAGGUCCAGGGCAAACAGAAGUCCAGUUUGUGGAUCAGUUUGGCUUUCAUACAGUUACCUGCUGCGGUUAUCUUCCACAGGUGAACGACUGGCAGAGUGACUGGGUGACCUUCUUUGCCAGACAGAGGAUCCAGCCCCAGAUGGACAUGGUCGAAAAGAAAUCAGGUGACAGAGAAGCAAGAGAACUUUGGGCACAGCUUCAGCUGAAGAUACCCAGUUUGUUCUGUGGUGUGGAAAUUGUUCCUGCUCUCCUGCAUGGGGAUCUCUGGGGAGGAAAUGUAGCUGAGGAUGACUCUGGUCCGAUUAUCUUCGAUCCGGCUUCUUUCUACGGCCAUUCAGAGCUGGUACUGGUGCUUCUGUGCAAGCCUGCCAGGUAGGUGAGAGAGAUGCAUGAUACCUAACGUGCACUUUGAGUGUUGAGGAAUUACUUUUAUUAACUAGAACUGCUUUGCAAUGGGUAUUGGCAGAUUACUGAGGGUUUUGUAGUUGCUAGUUUGCCAGUUAUUGACACAAAUUGGAAACAAGUUUGGAGAAGACUGGUAUUUGCUACAACUUUACUUAAUUCUACUACUUUUCUCACUGGCUGUUGGACUUUUGCUGCAAAAAAUCUGCUUGGUUAAUAGAUUUUUCUUUUACCGUGUUGCCUGAAUAAAAGGUUUCCCAGUUUACUAUUGUUGUCACUGUUUUCUAAAUUAAAAUAUUACAUCUUGGUUUAUUCCUGGGGAAUUACUUUCUUUGACCUGUUAAAGAUCCUUAGUUUAUUAGAUAAAUUAUGCUCAUUGGAGGUGUUUCUGUGUAUGGUCAUGGGUUGGUUUGGAGAAGUGUGUCACUGAAAAAAAUCUACAUGUUCCUUACAGUGCAAGUCAAGAUGUUAAUUUUCCUAAAAAUGCAUAAAUAGUCUUCAUUAUUAGCAGGGGAAGAUGAAUAUGAAAGUGGAUUUUCUGUCAGUUGUAGUUGUGAGAUCAAGUUACUGAUAAACAGCAAGUGUUCAGAGAUGACCUUUUCCUAGUAGAACUGAAUCAAAAUAUUUUUGUGAUUGAAGAAAAGUUGUAUUUAAUCAAGUUAUGCAGAUAGUAACAAUUGUAUUGAGAGUUUUAAUGUAAGGGUAUUAUGGUCAAUUUUUCAAACCUGUUUUUUUGCUGUCAGUAGGAUCAGAAGGGGUGUAGAGAGGCAGACAAAUGGAAUGUAAUGGGAAUCUCUCCUUUAUCAUGGAUCCCUUGGCUCUGAGCCCCUCUCGGGCUGCAGCCGCCUGCAAAAACUGCCUGCAGAUACAAGUGUUACACUCCAGUGCUGGUUUUCCUCCUGCUUCUCCUCCUCAGCGCUGUUCCAAAAUAGAUCUGGUGAUUAAAACUGCUGCUGGGCUCUUCUGGCAGAAGUCAGAGCAGGUGGGAAGUGCUACAGAAUUAGAAUGUGACAAAAAUCUUUAGGGGGGGAAAAGGUAUUUCUGGUAACUGCGCCACACCACAGUGACAAAGGCUUUAUUGUUUUUUCUUGGUAAAUAUUCAGUUACUUCUAAUUUGUUUUUAUUUGAAGUUUUAUUUGUUUGAGCAUUUGUUUUGGUUUUCCCUUAACAAUUAAACAGAAAAAUUAAUUAGUAUUGCUUUCAUUAUGCAGAUACAAGGUUUUCUAUUUCUUGUCAUUAUUUUUUUGCCAAAACAAAACACUUUAUUCCUUUCCCCACGUGCUCCACUGCAACCCAGGGUAUGAUUCUUCCAGCAGCAGGAGAGCCACCUAACCAAGAAUGUUAUCUUUAUAGAGGCAUUGGUAAAACAAGUAUUACAGGAUCUGGGUUAUAAUAGUGUGUAUUAAAGGCUCAAAACUUUAUACCUGAGAGUGCCAGUGCAUUCUGCAAGUACAUCAUAUUGGUUGAUCUUGUUUUUAAAUUCAGCAUCAUUGCAAAAAUGGGUUUUGAAUUUUCUUCCUCCUUUGCCUCUUCAGAGAAAUCCCCUGCACAACAAACACGCAGGGAUUCAUUUACAGCUCAAUUCUGUGGAAAGUUGCUGUCCUAAUCUUCACCGGUACCACUGAUACAAUGUAAUUUAGAGGCAGUGGUUCUGAAUAGAAACACAAAAUACAAUCUCCCAGCCAAACUCACAGGAACGAGAAUGAGGUUUAUUGGUUUCCAGAAAAACACUUGGUUUGCAUAGAAGGAUCUUUUAUAUAAAAGAUGAAUUAGCACAAUCCUUUCAGUUCUUUACAUGUCUCUUGUUCCACUGGAGCGUUAAUAAAUUAUUCCCAGAAACUGUCUGUAUCCAAGCUUGAAAUAAUGUGCAUAUUUUCUCCAAGUUGUUUGGUGUAAAUAUUUCCCUCCCCCUUUUGCAGUCAGUGCCUCAGAGCAGACCUUUUCUGCUUGGUCAGUUGUUGCUUUAUCUUCUGUUCCACCAGCUCCUACAAACAAACAAAUCAGAACUUUUUGAGAUGAUUUAGCACUAAGGACACACAGCCAGUACUUUUUCAGGACCAACAUGAACAUUCAGGAUGUUCAUCUUGACUGUAGAAAUGAUGAAAAGGGUUGUUUCCUUGUAAGAAAAUAAUAGAAAAGGAAGAUUCUAUGCUUUGGACCAGGUCUGCAUGGAGUGCUGUGUUUGUGUUUAAUGUUACACCCUCAGGACUCAGAGCACCUAGAGAGGUGUGGGGUUAUCUCUGCUAUUGUCUUCUGAUAGUCUAAACUCUA